AUGCCCAAAAUCCUGCUGGUCACCAAUUCCGAGCACGGGCAAGCCAACGUGUUCCUCGCCGUCGGUCAUGGCCUUCAAGCCCUCGACCCAACCACGGAGGUCCGCUUUGCCUCGUUCGCCCCCAUCGCCGACGCCGUCGCCUCGGCCUCGGCCUACUCGGUGCAGACAAAUCCCGGUGCGGCCCCAUGGAAGUUCGAGCAGCUCGACGGGGUCGACUUUAUGAACGCAACCAAUAACAAGGAGGAUCAAAACCGGAUCGGCGAUAGCAUCGAGAAGCGGCCGUCUUUCUCGUCGGUAAAGGAGAUCCUGCGCAAGCUGAGCGUCUUGUUGCUGCCAUGGAGCGGGCCCGAAUUUGUUGUGGUGUACAAGAGCCUGGUGCGGAUCUAUGAGGAGACCCGGCCGGACCUUGUGGUGAUCGAUUCGCUCUUUGCUCCCGCGUUGACGGCGGCCCGUCACCUGGGUUGGAACCACCUUGUGUUUUCGCCAAAUACACUCAAAGACUUUGCUGCGGCGCACCAGCCAAAGGCCGCCGUGCUCUGGAAAUUCCCAAUGAUGGGCUCCGCUUUUGAGUUCCCCGUACCCCUGAAACAGAUCCCCCUCAACAUCUUCUAUGUCUUCUACCAAAUCUACCACUCCAUAACCGACCGCACCAUCAAGACCGCCGCCACCCACAUCAAGGCUGAAACCGGCGCCAGGCUCAUCACGUUCACCGACCUCCUACUAAAGCCCCGACCUGACGAUAAGGUCCUCGUCAGCAACCGGCCCGAGAUCGAAUUCCCCCUCGCCGUGAUCCCCAAACACCUCUUCCCCUGCGGGCCCGUCAUCCGGCCGGUGCCCCCCGUCAAGGACGUGGACCCGGAACUCGAUGUCUGGCUUGCCCGGGGACCCACCGUGUUCAUCAGCCUCGGCACCCACCGUUUCAUGAAAGAGGACGAGGCGCUCGAGAUGGCCGGCGCGAUCAAGCAGUUGCUGGACGCCGGUGAUGCGCACAAGGGGGAUAUCGUGGAGGGGGUAUCGGGCAAGCUGCAGGUCCUCUGGAAGCUGAAGCGGCACCGGCCGAGUGAGCCGAAGCUGUAUGAGGUCGGGCCUGGGUCAAAGGUGUACGAGGUGCUGCGGCCGGCGAUCGAGGCGGAUAGGCUGCGCAUCGUCGACUGGGUUAAGCCCGAGCCAUCAGCCGUGUUGAUGGCCAAGACGGUCGUGUGCUCGAUUAACCAUGGCGGCGCCAAUUCGUUCCAUGAUGCUCUGACCUCCGGCGUCCCCCAGGUUGUCAUCCCCCCUUGGCUUGACUGCUAUGACUUUGCCACCCGCGCAGAAUUCCUCGGGAUCGGCCGCUGGGGCAGCAAGCAGGCCAUGCCGCGCUGCACGACCGCCGAGCUAGGCCCCAUUCUGGUUGAUGUGGUUCUGGGACCGAAUGCGAAGGCCAUGCGCACCAAAGUCCAAGAACUGGCUGCGCUGUGCGGCCAAACGCCGGGCGUGGAGGUCGCUGCGGCACAACUGCUGGAGGCGGCGAGCGGGAAGAAGGUCGAUUGGAGCUCGAGUGAGUAA